CACUGGUUUAUCCCAUUAUCAAUUUUUGUGAAUUAUUUAUCUUACAUGGAUGUAGUAAGUGAAAAAAAGGAAAACAUAACUUAAGUUCGAAUUUGGAGGAUGUCUUUUUAUUCUAACAUGAUUGAAUUGUUUUAUAGGUUUUUGCUAGAGAAUAUUAAUAAUCGAGGCAUAAUGAGUCCAAAAAUUAUAGAAAUAGAUGAGACAUAUUUUAUUUAUUUUAAGGAAAAACGAAGGAAGAAUAGGAAUGAAAUGAAAGUUUGAGGAGUUUUAAAUAUUUUAAGAGCAACCAUUAUUAGUUAUUGCUGGGAUCAUAAAAUGAAAUAUCUAGAAAAUAAUUGUUCUGAUAAAAUUUAAUUUAAGGUAAUUAAUUCACCUAUUUUAAAUUGUUCCAUGAAUCUUAAAAAUAUUUCAUUAAUAAUUUUAAUAAAAAAGUUUUCAAAAUGCCAAGAAGAAGUGGAUCAGCAUCAAGAUCAACAGCUAGCCCAUCAAGAAGCACUGCUACAGCUGCAAGACCAGCUCCAUAAGCUUAAGCUCCUCUCUAAACUCCAGCAAAAUCUGGAGGUAUGCUUUCAGGACUUGGAUCAACUUUGAUGUAAGGAAUGGCCUUUGGAGCAGGUUCAGAAGUAGCUCAUUAAGCAAUUAGAUCAGUCAUGGGUGGAUCAAGUCAUUCUCAACCAGCUGAAUAAUAAACCCAACAAUAAGCUCCUUAAUAACAAUAAUAAACUUGUUCGAGUGAGAGUCAAAUGUUUUCGAAUUGUUUACAAACUAACCAAGAUAUCACAAGAUGUCAACCAUAUAUGGACAUUUUCAAAGAAUGCUAAAAGAAAUACAACUUAUGAUGAUUUAUUAUAGAUUAAAUAGCAAUUAUAUAAUAUAUU